CACACACCAGCCUGCCCAAGAUGCCGCGAUCCAAGGCCAUGCUGCUGCUCGCCAUCUCGCUCUGCUUGGCGGCGUGCUUGUCCCCUUGCACACUGGCAGCGACAGCUAAUGGCGGCAAGCCCCUGGUGACGGCCAUCACCAAGGACCCGGCCACCUCGCUCUACACCUCCCCGCUCAAGGACAGCCGCCCGCUGGUCAUCGACCUCUCCGGCCCGCUCAUCUGGUCCACCUGCGACCGCUCGCACCCGACGCUCCAGUGCCACCACCACGACUGCGCCCACGCCCACAGCUACCACCCGCCCGGCUGCCCGCACACCGGCUACGGCAAGGCCGACGAGGAAGACCGGUUCCGGUGCAAGUGCACGGCGCGCCCCUACAACCCCGUCGCUGGCAGGUCGGCGACGGGCGACCUGACGCGCACCAAGCUCUCCGCCAACGCCACCGACGGCACCAACCCGCUGUACUCGGUCUCCUUCCCCGCCGUCGCCUCCUGCGCGCCGGCGUCCCUCCUCGACAGGCUCCCGGCCGGCGCGGUCGGCGUCGCGGGGCUCGCGAGCUCGAGGGUGGCGCUGCCCGCGCAGGUCGCGCGCACGCAGAACGUCGCCGACAAGUUCACGCUCUGCCUGCCGAGGGGCGGCGGCGACGGCGUGGCGGUCUUCGGCGGCGGCCCUCUCGUCCUCACUGGGCAUCCUAUUGAUCUCACGUCGACGCUGACGUACACCCCGUUGCUGAGGAAGAGAGGCAGCCCCGCGUACUACCUCUCCGUGAAGGCCAUCGCCGUCGACGAAGCGCAGGUGCAGCUCCCGGGAGACCCACUGGCCACCGGUGGCGUCGUGCUCAGCACGACGGCGCCGUACACCGCGCUCCGGCCGGACGUCUACCGCCCGGUGGUGGACGCGUUCGACAAGGCCCUGAAGCUGCAGUCGAACAGCAAGAGAGUGCCGGCGGUGGCGCCUUUCGAGCUUUGCUACGAUUUGAGGACGCUCCCUGGCCCGACCCGGAUCGGUUGGCUCGUCCCGGAUAUAAUCCUCAUGCUCGAGAAUGGAAAGAACUGGACGUUUACGGGCCUCAGCUCGAUGGUGAUCAGCCAGGUGGGGUGCUUCGGGUUCGUCGAGAUGAAGCUGGAGAAGGGCGGAUACGCUGGGGCGCCGGCAGUGGAGAUCGGAGGGUUCCAGAUGGAGGACCACGCGCUGCAGUUCGACCUGGAGAAGCAGCUGCUCGGGUUUGCCAUGGUGCCGUUUUUUAUAUCAUGCCAUAACUUUAAUUUCACGCAGAGCCACUAGACUUGUGAUGACUGCAUAUGCAACUGUAAACCCGCAUCUCCUCGUCCAGUCGUCCUCGAUCCUGGUUGUCAUCUGCCUAUUAAAUUCGUCACGUAUUUAGGA